GAGAUGGAUCUGUCCUACAGAUCCACCAUCUCCAUCUAUAAGAGUAUCCUGGAGCAGUUCAACCCUGCGCUGGAGAACCUGGUGUACCUGGGGAACAACUACCUGCGUGCCUUCCACGCAUUGUCCAAAGCAGCUGAGGUGUAUUUUAAGGCAGUUGAGAAGAUUGGGGAGCAAGCACUGCAGAGUUCCACCUCACACAUGCUGGGUGAAAUUCUGAUGCAGAUGUCUGACACGCAGAGACUACUGAGCUCUGAUUUGGAAGUUGUGGCUCAGACCUUCCACGUGGACCUGCUGCAGCAUAUGGAGAAAAACAGCAAAAUGGAUGUGCAGUUUAUCAGUGAGAGCCAGAAGCAGUAUGAGCUGGAAUACCAACGAAGAGCCACCAACCUGGAUAAGUGCAUGGCAGAGCUGUGGAGAAUGGAGAGGGCUCGUGACAAAAAUGCCCGGGAGAUGAAGGAGAAUGUGAUCCGACUGCGCUCGGAGAUGCAGGUGUUCGUCUCUGAGAGCCAGAGGGAGGCUGAGCUGGAGGAGAAACGCCGCUACCGCUUCCUGGCCGAAAAGCACCAGAUGCUCUACAACACUCUCCUCCAGUUUUACAGCAGGGCUCGGGGCAUGAUCCAGACCAAGGCACCACGGUGGAAGGAGCAGCUGGAAGCCAGCCGUAACCCCUCAAACAGCCACUCACAGGGGCUGCUCUCAGCCUCCCAUGGCCAGGGGUAUCCAUCAGGACGGCUCACACCCACCCACCUCGAGAUGCCCCAGAGACCCCUUGGGGAUUUUUCUCCUUCUGUGACUGGGAGUAGAUCCAGCAUCUUCUCUCCGGACCCUCCAGAAAUGAGAAUGUCUCCUCAGCCGGAGUCUCCCAGGCGGCCACUGCGGAGGACACCAUCAGCAGCCAGUUUGCUCGCUACGGGCCGCACGUCCCGUUCGGGUUCCUUUGGCGAGGCCAGCAGUGGCAGUGAGGGCAGGAAGAGGAGCGGCACAACAAGAGUUCAGGCCAUUGUGCCCCACACGACGGGUGCCAACCGGACCCUGCUGCGGUUUGAGCCCGGGGAUGUCAUCACGGUGCUGAGGCCAGAGGCGCAGAAUGGCUGGCUCUACGGCAAACUGGAAGGCUCAUCCACGUGUGGCUGGUUCCCUGAAGCUUAUGUCAAGCCUUUGGAGAAUACGAGGGAGAUGGAGGAGCCAGACACCAGGUCCUUCCCACUGCGAAGCAGUCACAGUAUGGAUGACAUCCUGGACCGUCCCAGCACUCUGUCCUCCAGCAAUUAUUGGCCUGCUGCUGCCCAGCCCAGCUUGCCAAACCCACCUCCCCUCUCAGUGGGUGCCAGCAGUCACCAGAGUGGGGCGGCUGCCCCAGUCAAUUCUGGCUCCAAGAAAUCAGGAGUAUUUGACCAGCCCCCUGAACUCUUCCCACGAGGUACCAACCCUUUUGCCACAGUCAAGCUGCGCCCCACAGUCACCAACGACCGCUCGGCACCCAUCAUCCGGUGAAAAAGGGGCUGGAGACAGUGAAGAAUUUCAGCAGAGAAGGAGGAGAAGUGAUAAUGCUGUGACCUCCAGCUGUGCAGCAACCUAGUGCUACCACUCAUGGAGUGAACUCUCUUUUCCCCUCCCACACCUCUGGGACAACAGGACCCAUCUCACCUGGGUGUCUGCUGUGCUUUAGCCAGGAGCAGAUCUCUGCU